ACAGCCACAGCUCUCAGAUAUGCCAGUUCCGGUCGGCAUCGUAGCAUCGUUUCUGUUUAACGCAAGUUGCCGUACCUCGGUACGCGAGCGCACACGGUCAAAGUAGCACGUGUAGUGUGUGCUGUUUUCCACGAGUGAGAAGACCUUUGCCUGGCUGUGUGCUGAGAGAUCAAAACUUCGGUUUCGCGACCUUGCUCACCUAGAACACUUUACCUGUACCGAUGCAUAAGAACUGAAGGGACCUGAAUGAAAUUUUGGCAUGAAAUUAGAAUUUUUGCCAACACCAGACCCCACUGCAUGUGAGGAAAAUUCGAACAAUACUGAGCCAACACCUGAUGCAUUCAGCCAUUGGGAUGAUGAACCGCAGUAUGAGAUAACGAAUCGAGAUAAAGUUAUCACUUCAUUCAUUGCUGGGGCACUAGCUGGCUCUCUCGCGAAGACGACUAUAGCACCCCUUGACCGCACAAAGAUUAACUUCCAAAUACACAAUGAGCAGUUCUCGUUUUCCAAGGCAAUUAAGUUCCUGGUCAACUCAUACAAAGAGCAUGGCCUAUUCAGUUGGUGGCGAGGCAACACAGCCACCAUGGCAAGAGUUGUCCCCUUUGCCGCCUGCCAGUACGCUGCUCAUGAGCACUGGAAGAUCAUCCUCAAGGUGGACACAAACGAAAGGAGGAAGAAGCACUACUUCAAGACCUUCCUUGCUGGCUCUUUGGCUGGUUGCACAGCAUCAGCAUUGACGUACCCCUUGGACGUUGCACGUGCAAGGAUGGCCGUCUCCAUGCCAGAUAGGUAUCGAAACAUAAUUGAAGUGUUUCGGGAAAUCUGGAAAAAGGAAGGCCCAAGACACUUGUAUAGAGGGUUUUCACCGACGAUGCUUGGCGUCAUCCCGUAUGCUGGUGCUAGUUUUUUUACAUAUGAGACUCUGAAGAGGCUAAGAGCAGAGCAGACAGGAUCGACAGAACUACACCCAAUUGAGCGCUUGGUGUUUGGUGCGGUAGGUGGCCUGUUCGGCCAGUCAAGCUCUUAUCCGCUGGACAUUGUGAGGAGGCGGAUGCAGACAGCUCCACUCACUGGACAGAACUACACCAGUGUAUUGGGAACCCUCAUCACGGUCUACAAGAGCGAAGGCCUCAUUGGUGGCCUCUACAAAGGACUAAGCAUGAACUGGAUUAAGGGACCCAUCGCUGUCGGCAUCAGCUUCAUGACAUUCGACAUCAGCUCGCAGGCAAUGCAAAAAGCACUGGCGUCGCGAUUUUGGACACGAUGGCGCAGUGCCUGAGCCUGCUUAGUUCUUUUCCAGGGAUUUAGAUUUUUCUUUGCUGGACUCUGUAACGACCGUGGCAGUAGUACGAACUGGCUCUAGCUGUUAAAACAUUGUUUGGUUGCAAGUUGUAGCGCGGUGCCUCGUGUUAUGAGAACUGACCUCACGGCUUGCAGAUCACACUGAUGUUCAUUCCAUGCUACAGAUGUAGUGGGAAAAAAAAGUUUUUUUUUUGCAGUGUUGCGGUUAAGGAAUGCUUGUACUUAGCUUUAACCACAUCAAUGUUUUUUUACUGGGGACUGCUGGAUGAUAGGUGAAUAUAUAUCCCUGUUGCUUAACGUGACGAGUUGGGCGUGUUGGUACAUUAUUACGAGAACUGCAGCACAAUAAAACACAAGGAAGACACAAAGAAACGAAAAGGACUUGCGCUGAACUUACAACAGUGGUUGUAAGUUCAGCACUCCUCCUAGUUGUUUCUUUGUGUUGUCCUUGUGUUUUAUUGUGCUGCAGUUUUUGUAAUCUGUUGCAUUGCUUUCCAAAAUCUCUGCUUCUUGCAAAGGUAGUAAUGAAGCUGAAAGCGUGAUAGCUGUGAAGCAGCGGGCUGCAACGUUCCUCUAGUCCUUCAGCUUUUGUGAAGCUUCAUAGCCUCGACAUCAACAAUGACAAUACAGUGAAAAGUUGGAUUGUUCACCAUAGCUUAUCAAGUCAGCCACUUCUUAUUUUGGUACAUUUUAGUUUAGUAUGCUUUUACAAGAGAUAAUGCAACUUGACCUACAGUGAGUCAUUAGCAUAGGAACUUAUGGGAAGGCUGCUAACUUGCUAGUUAGUGUAAUCUGCAAUUUCUCUUAAAAUUAAAAGUUGAAAUUCGAUCAGGUGCAGAUGUUAAAGGUUGUGCAGCUCCAAAGUCGUGGUGAUGCAUAAUUCUUUAAAGCAGGCAGCUGCAAAUGCUCCAGCAAGCAGCUGCGUAGAAAUAGUAGCUCCUUUGAUUAUACUCCAAGCAGAAGAUGUGAAUGGUUGAGAGGUUAAAUUUGCUGAUAAGCAUGAUUGUCAUAAUAAAAGCAUCAUGCCUUGGCACUCGCAUUCUCACUAUUUAGCUUUCCAAAUAUACAUCUAUUGUGCGGGAUGCUAGUCGAGUGCAUUCGACCCUGCUUUGCCAUCUGUUUAGGUAAAAUCUUUGAAGUUAAUGGGUUAUUACUGUUAGGCUGUUUGAUCUGACUACUUUUCAUGCAGCCGCAAAGUUGCUCUCCCACACUGCUACUAAAGAAGUGGUUCUUGCCCUGGCGUUAGAUAUCAAAAGUCAUUGAUUGCUAUCAGCAUCAUAUAUCUCAGCCCCCCUGUGCUGACGAGAAGCCACUGCCGCUACAUGAAGCGACUAAUUCAACAUGGGAACAACUCAAUGACAGCUGCUUUGAAAACAGAAGCCAGCUGAUUCUUUUAAUUUCCCAUAACAGUAGACCAUAAGUUCAGUAACAGUAGCAUUCAGCAACCUCUGAAGAUUCCAGCAUUAUUUUAAAACAACUAGGAACUUUGUUUUCUUUAUUCUGAAAGCUACGUUAAUUACUGCAUGUAAGAUACCUUAUUUGCAUGAAUGUAACAGCAUCUUCAACGUCAUGCAUUCGUAAAUAUUGCACGAGGAGGGACCUUUGACGACUAGGGGAAAAGAUUGUGAUCAUGACACGAACUAACGAUGCUUAAUGCAACUGUAUUUAUGGACUUACAGCAGGCCCUUUCAGCAUGGCGAAAUGGGUGAUCCAUUACUAUGGUGCACUGCCCCUAGACUCCAGAUUCAUGCGUUCUUAACUGGCUGUGUUAGUGCUUUGGGGCCACAGGGGCACGCAUCGCUGUAGUGAAUUGGCUCAUUGGACCUAUAGUUCCUUGAUCAGCCUAGCUACGUUUGUUGGACAUCUCUGUGCCAUCACAUUCGUAUUGGCCUGCGAAUAGCUCUCAGCCUAAUGCUGAGAGCUAUUCGCAGAUCCACACUUCUUGCCAUCAAGAGGUUGGUUUUCCCGCAAUACUUAGUCACAUGGUGGCUGAUCUGACAGCACUAUUGAAAGGAAGAAUUAAAUUAGGGGGAUGGGGGGUGGAAAUCUCGCUUUAUAUUUGCAUAAGUUUUCCGUAUACAAUGCAAAAUGCCUUGUCAGACUAAUAUCCCCCCCUCCCGAAACAAAGGUUCUUAUAUUAGUAUGAGUGUGGUAUGCCUGCCCUAGCAUAAAUGCAAUGAUGCAAUGCAGUGGUCUUUGCGGCUGCAUGAAGUUAACAAAUAUUGAAGGCUAUAGUGAUUCUAGGCAGUCAAAUGUGUACCACAUCAGUCAUAGAAGAAUAGGUUGUUGGAGCUACUAAAUGAGCAUCACCUGCAUUGAAGUUCUGUGUAAAUAUGUGCUAACCACAUGCAGAAGGCAACUUCUUGUGCAUGUCCAGUUCUAAGCCAUGUUGAAGCGAAGGAUGCAUGCACUUGAGGUGUGCCAUACAGCGUGCAUUGCUUUAAAAAAAAAGUUUAUCUGCAUGCUCGAGUUGUGUUCUAGGGCACAAAUCCAGCUGAGCUGGGAAUCCUUGCGUUUGUAUUCCCGAGUUUUUAUGCAGCAAAGGACAUUUUUAAACUUUUAGGUACAGGUGUCAUUAUACUUGGUCAUUGUGCACCUUUGCCCUGCGAGCUAACUCCUAAAUGAGAUUAAAUUUUCCUUCAAUACUGGCAGACAGAAAGCAGCUUUGAAAUUUCAUGUGGGUACACAAUGUUGGGCUUUAGGAGACAUUCUGGUCUCUGUGUGCUCUUCUCUCAUUUGUGUUUUGUUCAUGAUAAGCAUACGGAUAUACAUUAGUUUCAAACUUCUUGUGCUAAGUCAGAUAUCGCAGGGGCUUUUUAGAAAUUCUAUCUUGUAGUUGCUUUGCUAGUUUUGGUGAAGUUUGUGUGCUUAACAUAACUGCUGCUUCCAGGAGUAAAUCGUGUCAUGUUAAGGGAAUAGCCAUAAUGUCGAUCAAUCAUUUUCAAAAUCCAGAAGUGAACAUGAUGAAAUGAAGCACAGCUCCCAUCCGCAUUAUUUUCACAUUGCAUACUUCUAGCGUGCAUAGACAUGAUACCCGUCGUUCCAGUGAGGCAUUAUGGUAGGCAUUAUGUCUUGCAAAAGUUAAAAGUAUGCCUGAAAGUGAUUGAUUGAUAGAGAGCGUGGACCGAAGCCUUGAUGGCUGCAGUAUGUGUGUAUGAUUGCUGUAAGCACAAAGAGUGCAGUAGCAUUAUAAGUAGGCCCCUGUUACAUUUGACAAAAGUUUAAGAUUGAGGUUACAGCUUUGGAAGUAUUGCUUGGUCCAAGAGAAUGCAAUGGAAGAUACAGUGCCUUGAUUCAUAUGAGUCAAACAAUUUGUGGUGCUGGCGAAUCCGUCCUGCAAUGGGCCAGUUCGAUAAUCUGUCUGUUUGUGUAAAGAGUUAUAGGGAGCUAAAUGUGUAUGGAGGGGGGGGGGGGGGGGAGGGGCUUGGCUUGACUUGGCUUUUGUCUGGAUUGUAUAGUGUUUGAGGUUCGUAGAGCUGGUAAAAUGCAAGCUUUAUUACAAUACUGCUGCACUGCAUGGAAUGUCUGUAAAGUCAGUCAUUUGUGCAUAUUAUUUGGGUUGUUGAAAUAAAUUGAAGAAAAUUA